AUGGUGUGCCGCCGCUGCUGUGGUUGCCUUGUUGCUGGCCCCUGGCUGGCGUUGGUGCUGGUGUUGCUGGCUCUUGUCCUUGGUAGAGAUCCGGAGCUGGCAGUAUGGCAUUCCAUGGCAUUCAUCUUGAGCGUGGCGCGACACAUUGACUAUGUGUAUGGCCUACUCAUCUUAGGCCGCGAUAGGCAGUAUUGUGAUUACGACACACCCUGGCUUCUUUGGGCCUGGGAGCAUUGUGAAGGCAUCAUGGCAGGACGUCCUUCCGUUCCAGUCUCUGAAAUCCCUGCCAUCGAGCUUCCAGCCGAUGUGCGCGCAUCGCAGUGGAGGAGGAAAGAGGAGUAUGCAUGCAGCGAGAUCCUUGGCCGCGGUGGCUGGGGUGGGCAGCCCUUCCUCAUCCGGGGUUUGCUGGAAAAGGAGCUUGAGUCUGAGGGAGCCUGGAACCUGGACUGGCUUGAAGCACAUGUGCCGGAGGAGACAAUCCAUGUCAUCCACUUGCCUUUCUAUCGCAAGCAUUGGGCCGAUAUUCGCCAAUGCCCCUGGAAACGACGGGGUGGUGCAUUUGAAACCAACGUGCUUGAGAUUUCCACUACCAUGAAAGGUUCUUCGGAGUUUUAUGUGGCCUUUGCCGAAACGCUCUUCGGGGACGUGAAGGCGCGGGACUCUGACCCCGUGAGAGAAACUCUUUAA